AUGAUCUGCAAGCAGAUCCCCCUCCAGGCCACUGAGGAUGUUGCUCCCAUUCCGCAUCGGGCUCCAACUCCCCGCAUCGGAGCUGAGGUCGAAGGGGGAGCCGUGGUCGCGGGCGGAGCCGGGGUCGGAGGAGAGAGUUUAAGUCGCGGGCGGAGACGAGGUCGCUUUGCAGACCUCCUACGCACUGUCGCGCUGCGCCUGGUCGUCGGGAUGGCCACUUCCCUCAAGUUGGAAGCGCACGCGGCGCGCGGUGCGUUCCCGAUGCUAGCGCUGGCGGUCGCCGCAGAGGUCCACCUCUACAUCGACGGCGCCGACAAGGUCACCCCAGACCUCAACCUCGUCAAGGGCCGCGCCUGCUCGCACCUCCGCGAGAAGGUGAUCGAGACCGAGCGCUGGAGGCCGCUUCAUCUUCAUCGUUGA